AUGCCAUCUCUUAUUUCAUCGCUCACAAGCGUGGGCCUCUUGGGUGUCUGGCUUAGCGGUCUUGGCUCCGCUUCUCCAGCACUCGCAGCUGCGGCGGUCGGCCAUCGAUACCAACCAGCUAUUCGUGAUCGAAUCUCGUCAUACAACGUUUCUUUCGAUUCUGAAGAAUUCGACACGCUUGGCGAUCUUGAUUGGCGUCCUCUUGAUGAGCCCUAUGAAGGCCUCUUAUGGAAGAGCUUCCGCGUUGGGGCUAGCAGGCAUUUCUUCCAGUUUUACGCUGGGAAGAAUGCAUUCGCCUUGGUUCCCUUGGACAAGGCAAACAGAAUCCAGCACGAAAAUGAUCCUUCUCUUUCUUGCCUUUACAAGGACUCGGAUAUCUCUUCCUUCAGCAUUGAUUCUCUCAUGUUUGGUUGCGCUCUUCGCAGCGGUGUCCCGGUUCAGUGUAAUAUCGACUUUAAAGGCACCGAUCGCUCUGGAAAUCUAGUUGGAUUUCAAUCUGCUGAGUUUUCACCCCCUUACGCUCGCAUGAAUGAAGUCGGUCGCCUCGAAGCCGGCAAAGCUCGCCUUCAGCAAAUAAGAUUCAACCCUGGCUUUAGCAAACUCAAGGACCUACGCUUUAGCAUUUCGAAUUAUUCGGUGUUGUAUUCUACUGAUCCGCCUAUGCAAACUCAAGUGCCUCUUGAUGUUGCUUACGGCGGCUCUUUAAUGCUCAUUAUCAACAGAGUCGAGUAUAUUACUAAUUCUACGGCGGCUACCGAGAGUGUACUUCCAUCCCCGUCUACUAGUGCUCCUGUCCUUGAAAAGCGCGGAAAGCAUGUAACAGACUGCUUCGAUAUGAACGGAGACACCACCUACAACAGUAUUUCUGUUCCUUGGAAGGAUCUUCAGUACGACGGCUUUUAUAACGUUAAGCAUCUUCUUGGAAAUUUCGACGGGAGAUGUGACGCAAAAAGUUUAAACGCAUCGACUGGUCACUUAUUUGCCCCCGGUCUGGUCCCCUACACUGAUAAGUCGGCGUCAAUUUUUCCUUCUAUUGGUAUCGACUACUUUGGAUCCAAGAGAAAGGAUAUGUCAAUAAAGAGCUUCUACCUUGGGUGCGAACAAUUUUUGGAUCCGACUAGUGUUCUUGAUACCACGACUCCGUGUACGAUUGGUCUUGUCGGCCUUGUUCGACAAAAGAAGGGAAACAAACCCCAGGAUCUCAUAUUUCAACAAGUCAGCAUUGCCAAGCCCGCAGGCGCCGCCCCUGAGGAUGUCGGGUUCGCCUUUGUAGACCUUAUUGAUGGCGAUCACCUCACAAAGCUCUAUUUUGUUUUACUCUCAGCCGACCCACAAGCUACGAGCGUUGCCAUCAUUCUCGACAAUUUCACCUAUUUAACACGGAAGGGCAAGGGACCACAAACCGGAAACAAAGCUGUCGCAGCUUCUCCGGACUCAAGGAUCGACGAAAUUGUUCAGGCCAUUAGUGACGGGCAUGGUCGCGAGACUUUGGGCCUACCAGGAAAGAACUUACGAGAGAGACAAUCAGACAUCGAUUGGCUUCGGGGAUCACCGCAGCAAUAUGAAGGCUUAAAGCCUCGUAGCCCAUGGAUUAGUAAUCUCAAUUGGGCCAGAAGCCAGACACAGAGUUCUAUAUCCGCCUCUGCACUCCCUACUUCUAUUCUUGAGCCGCCUUAUCCUAGCCGAAGUGGUAAAGUUUGGCCAAGGGGCAACUCUACCUUCACCUUCGAAGACGUUACCAAUGUCGACCCUAAAACUGGAUUUUUCAAGAUUACCGAAGAGUCAACUGCCCCCUUUCAAUUCGGACCGGAGUGGAAAGGCCGCCAUCAAGAUGCUGAUGGCAACCCGAAAGAUAAUGUCAUAUUCAACAAUGCGACUUGGGCUUUUGGACCCGUCAACGCUACACGCCAAAACUUUGCGUUUACAGAAGUUGCUUGGGCAAAUCGUGGUACCCCAGAGUGGAAUAAUACAAAACCCCAAAUCAGAAUCCCAUCCGGUCCAGGACAUCCAGUCUAUCAGAUUCGAGAGUUCAUGACCGCUUGCUACCCUGCAAUCACGACAGACGAAGAUAAAGCAAGACUUAACAUGCUAGGGGGUGGAUUUGAGUGUCAUUUCACGGUCUUCGGGUAUAAGGAGGGCAGCAAAGAGGAUCCUGCGGAACAUGCAAUCGACUUCCCCAUUGGUUCAUGGGAGAAGUGGCGCUGGGAUACUUUCCCAAAGAACUUCAAGGGUGUUAAUGUUCUGGAGUUCCAUGCCACAUACGCUAGUACGAGGAAUGUCCGCAUCUUUGUUGAUGACAUCAAGUUUGAAUCGUUCUAG